AUGAAGCUCACCACUCUUGCGCUCCCCUCGCCCAGCAAGGGAGCAAACGACGUCGGCGCGACGGUGCGCCAGGCCCAGGGAUCGCCCGAGGCGCAGCGCGAGGGCUGGGGCCGCCACUCGACGUUCUACAACGCCACGACCGCGUCGUUCUACACGGUCGAGACCGACAGCGCCGAGGCCGCGCUCGGACGUCACCUUCUGUCGACGGGCGAGAUGAAGUUCCCGCCUUCGCAGCUGACCGAGGAGGAGACGCGCGAGGCCCUGGCCCGCCUCUUCCCGGAGUCGCUCGAGCGACGCGGCACCGACACCAACUGCAAGGGCUCCUCGAUGUGCUCGUCGUGCUGGGGCAGCGCAAGGGGGAUCCGCAACCAGAUGUGCUCCAACGGCGUGUGCCGGACGGGCAUGGCAGGCACCCACGUCCGCACCGACUGCAACGCCUUUGGCCAGGGCCUGGCCCUCUUCACCAACUUCAAUUACUGGGAUGAGGGCUCUCUGAUUGGCGAUGUCGACGAUAUCCUCAACCACAACUGCAAGAAGUGCGGCAGCACCAACGCCGGCGAUGGUCGCGGCCGCGUGACCAUCAACUACGUGUCGCAGUGCUAG